AUGGAAGAGGUUCAAGGUCAAGAUUACGCGUUUAGGGAGGAAGACUUUUUUUAUGAUGAGGAUGUUCCUAAGGUUGAUGUUCCUGAGGAGGAGGUCAAAAAUUCUGGUUUAGGGUUUAGGGAGGAAGACUUUAUUUAUCCUGAGGAACAUGUUCAUAAGGAACAGAUUCCAGGAUCAGGUUUAGGGUUUAGGGAGGAAGACUUUAUUUAUCCUGAGGAUGAUGUUAAUAAACAGGAUGUCCCAAAGGAAGAGGUUCCUUCGCAGACCUCAAAUUGGGUCCCAUAUUGGGUUAAUUGGAUAAAAGAAAAUAUGAAUGUGUUUGAAGAAAUUAAAACACAACCUUGGUUUCAUAACUUAAGAGUUGAAUGGAAGGAGUAUCAAAAGGCUGCUGAACAAGGCGAAUUGAAUGAAGGUGAGGAUACUUCAUCCCCAGAAAUGCGCAAAAAAGAUGCUUGGAAAAAAUGGGUUGCAAAACAACAUGAACUUAUGGACGUGAAUAGCGAACAAGAUUGGUUCAAACAUUUGUUGGAAAAUGUGGAGGAAGUGGACCGAAACGAGCUGGGAAAAACGAACGAGUCAGAACAACAGCAACAAAAACAAAAACAGAAUGAAUUAAAAACGGAAGAGGCUACUCAAAGCACUUCAUCGACAUUUACAAAGGCACCAAAGAAGGAGGAACUGUGUAAGAAAUCCUAUAAAAAAAAUUUUUUAAUUGCCAAAUUGUGGAUGCUCAUUUUGGCAUUGGUGUUUGAGGAGUGCGAAUUGGAAAAGAGUCUUCAUGAUAAGGAAUUGUAUGUGGAUAAUUUAUUAGAAAACACUUUGUCAUAA